GCCGGCCCGAGCGCUGGGCGGGGCCGGGCUCCAAGCUCCGGGCAGCCCUGCUGUCCCGCCAGAGCGGGCUGGAGGGGAGCCGCGGCUGCAGCAUGGAGCGGGGCGCGGGGCAGGGGGCGCCCGUCUUCGACCUGCCUAAGGUAGACCUUCAUGUCCACCUGGAUGGAGCCAUUAAGCCAGAAACAAUCUUAUAUUUUGGCAAGAAAAGAGGAAUUCCGCUUCCUGGCGACACUGUUGAAGACCUCUUGCAGCAUGUCAGUUACAUGGAGCCACUCACUCUCACCCAGUUUCUAGAAAAGUUUGCUCUCUACAUGCCUGCCAUUGCGGGGGACCGCGAUGCUGUGAGAAGAAUAGCCUAUGAGUUUGUAGAAAUGAAAGCAAAAGAAGGUGUCAUCUAUGUUGAGGUCAGGUACAGCCCUCACCUCCUAGCCAACUGCAAAGUUCAUCCUGUUCCAUGGGGCCAAGAAGAGGGCGACCUCACUCCGGAUGAAGUGGUUCACCUUGUUAAUCAGGGAUUACAGGAUGGAGAAAGGAAUUUCAACAUCAAAGCCAGGUCUAUUCUGUGCUGCAUGCGCCAUAUGCCAAGCUGGUCAUUGGAGGUGGUGGAGCUGUGUAAGAAAUACCAGAACAAUACGGUGGUAGCCAUAGACCUGGCUGGGGAUGAGUUGUUGGUGGCUGAGACCUUCCCAGAGCAUAGGAAGGCUUAUGAGGAAGCUGAAAGAUGUGGCAUUCAUCGCACUGUCCACGCUGGGGAGGCUGGGGCACCGUCUGUCAUCAAGGAGGCAAUCAAUGUCCUGAAGGCCGAGCGGAUUGGCCAUGGCUACCAUGUCCUGGAAGAUCCAGCCCUUUAUAGGGAGCUGUUGGGUAGGAAGAUGCAUUUUGAGACGUGUCUUUUGUGCAGUGUUCUCACUGGAGCAUGUGAUCCAGACUUUAGGAAACACCCAGUAAUUCAGUUUAUGAAUGAUAAAGCCAAUUACUCCCUGAACUCUGAUAGCCCACUCAUUUUGAACUGUACAAUUGAGACUGAUUACAAAAUAGCUAAGCGGUUCCUGGGCUUCAUUGAAGAGGAGUUCAAGAGAGUGAACAUCAACGCAGCUAAGUCCAGCUUCCUGCCUGAGAAAGAAAAGAACGAGCUUCUCAGUAAGCUGUAUGAAGCCUACGGGAUGGUCCCAAACAACCCACCCUAAUCCUGCUUCUACCAGCCGGCAGGUUGCAUUCACCUCUCCCCAUGUGUGCUCGACUCCUCUUUAUUUUAGUGGGAGCAUUUGGGGAGGAGGUGCCAUGGUAUUACUUUGCUGACCUUUACAGUCCGAGGCAUACACUAUAAAGCAGUAUUUCCAUGGUUCCUACCGUAUAUACCUACAUACAGCACCCACAUACUAAAUAGAUAUCUGAUUUCCUAGAUUUCUGACUCACAAAUGUACAGGUGGAGUUUUCUGGCAUAAUUCCAUUGUGCUUAUGCCAGUUUUACAUCCUGGUGUAAAUGAGAGCAAAAUAAGGCCCUCUUUCUUUGUGGUGGUGGUGGUAACAUUUUGAUGUGACUUUUUGGUGCUCUAGUUCCCUUGCUGAUCUACCUUAGUCCCUCUUUGCACUACAGAAGUAAUCAUGUUGAGCUGCGGCUGUGGUCAAACCAUGGUAGAAGACAGUAUUUUCCUCACCUUCCUCGUGUGCUUCAAACUGGGUGAAAUUGUUUCAGCAAAUAGUUUAUUUGCCAAAAAAUGCAGCUUUAGUCACCCCAGAGCCAUUCGCGGAUUUCUCUUGCAUUUGCUGAGUACAAACUGAAAAUGUCAGUGACCUAACUCAAAAUGUUUUGAAUUUGGCCAUUUGUCUAGUGUGCAGAGGCCAGGGAGGACCUCCCGUUUACAGCCUUUAGCCAGAUGGUUCUCAACCUAUUUACCAUUGUAGCAUCCAAUACUACCAGUAUGGCUCUGAGGAUGUCACAUGGGCACAGCUCUGGGCUGAUUGGGACGCAGGUUGAGAACCACUGGCCCAAAGCCACUUAAAAACAAGCCCCAAAGUAGUCCAAUCUAUUUAUUGAAAAAAAGGGUCUGGAAAUGGCCAGCAGUGGAUGGGCAGGCAGUUGCUGUCUGCUGCAGCCUGUAGCAUGCACAUCCUUCCAAAAGGUGACAUGUAGCUGGGGUGGGGGGGGGGGAGAGAGGGCACCCCCCCACCGCCAUUUCUGCGAAGCAAGUAGGCAGUGCUCCCUCUGGUGGCAGCACUCUGUCAUCCCCAUCUAUUCCCCCGUCCCAUCCCCUCCCUCUUCCUCUCCUCACUCCAUCCCUUUUCUUCUCCACACUAUCCCCCUGCCCCAUUUCCCCAUCCCCUUCUCUCCCCCCUACCCUAUAUCAUCCCUCUUCCUUCCCCACUGCCUAUUUACCCCCACCCCCUUGCCCUGCCCCUCCACAGGCACUCACCAGUUGUAUAGAAACAGGACCCAGCACACACACAAGACGGCAACGAUGGGCACUAGGACACAGGAGGCAGCGUCCUGCCAGCCUCAGCGAGGGAGUGGGACCCAGCAAGCCGCCUCUCUCGCCCACAGGCUGAGCAGAGUAAACCCUGCUCCAGGCAGGAGAAAUCGGGAGUGGGAGGACUGGGGGGGGCACCUGUUCGCAUUUUGGAGACCCUGAGUGAAAUGUUGUUCUGGUUUAAUUUUAUUUCUAAUUUCUGCUUAAAGAGUUAAAAGGAAACUGUCAAAUUCUGCACCAUAGUUCUAGCCAAAUGUGACCCACAUUGUUAGAACCUGGGGGAUAAUUGACUCUGGGAUUUUAUAUAUAUCUAACGUAUAUCUAGUAUCUAAUAGCAUGUUGCCAACAUAAUAAAAAGGAUAAAACAUCUA